AUUCAUUUUCCCAGGAAAUCUUUGCUUAAUUCCAACUUCCUUCGGUGGGUGCAUCUAUCAACCGAUUGGUCACUAUCCAUCACAAACAUCACCGAAUCUUCAACUUGCACACUAUUCGACCGUACCAUUCACCUCUUCACGAACCUCAACUUUCGGAGUUUAUAUCACCAACAUUGCGGAAUGGAUUGGUGGAGAUUCUCACUAUUACGAUAACCAACUUUAUCUUCAGAAACAAACUAUAUGGAGCACCAACCAACAUAUCAAGGCCCAGAAGGAGGGGCAGAGAUGCCAGCUCUAGGAGCUGGAAUACCUCCUCCAAAUCAGCAACUCCCUGCGCAAAUGUUCACGACAGCUGCGCAAUUACUUGACUUGACUGAUAGUAAGUAUCCCCGAUCUGCGAAGCUAUACACGAAAAAAUGGUUGUGGUAUGGCUACUUGCAUAAAGAAUCUACUAGCGGCGGAUCUAUGUCUUCAGAAUAUGCACAGAAGAUACCUUUUGUGGCGAGUGCAUAUGCUAAUCAUCGUCUUCACUUUACAGAAAAACUUAUGAUUUCACUUCGCGAUGGCAGAAAACUUAUCGGAAUACUUCGAAGUUGGGAUCAAUUCGGUAUGCACAUCAUUUGUCCAUAAACAUAUUUUUCCGUGUCACAUCAAAUAUUCUAAACUCCCAACCACAGCAAAUAUAGUAUUACAAUCCACUGUCGAGCGUAUAUUUGUUGCACCACCUCCUCCCUCUACACCGGGUGCCAUCACACAACCGGGACUAUACGCCGAUGUACCUCGAGGACUCUUCCUCGUCCGCGGCGAGAACGUUUUACUUCUUGGUGAAAUAGAUCUGGAUAAAGACGAUGAUGCACCACCAGGAUAUGAAAAAGCAGAUGCGGAAUUGGUGCACAAGUUGGACAAGGAGAGGAGAGCCCUGGAUUCGAAGAAGGAUAAGAGUAGACUUAAGAAGCUAGCAGAGCUGGGGUUUGAGGGCGAAAAUUCUGGGGAAGCAAUAUUUGGAUGAUUAUAAGCGGAGUGGACCAGGUUACACGGGAGUAAGGUGCGAGGGGAUUCAAGCGGGACGUAACGAAUGAGGACAGAUCAGAGAUGUGGUUAAAAACACAAGGCCGAAUAUUGUGAAAGGCUAGCUGGCGAUUUUUAUCAGUCAGUCGUGGCAGAUCUAUGAGAGAUUAACCACAAGAAACAUAUUUUCCUUCUUCUCUAGAACCUCUUUCAUGAAAUUCGUGCGAAUGGAGUAUGCGAAAAGGCCUAAUGAGCAAUCGUGCCUAUUGUAUUCAAGAGCAAGGUACUCCCUAAUUCAGAGAAUGAACCUCGAUCAAGCAACUCGGAAUUUUGACUACAGGGAGGCUUGAGUAUAUUAAAUCUUAAGAUCAAAAUAUCAGAAAUUGAGUAACGGAUGAGGUCUCCCCUUCAAUGCAUAUAUCCGACCCAAU